AUGGGUCGUGGUGGAAAACGAGGUGGUUUCCGUGGCAAUCGAGGCGGAAAUCGGGGCGGAAAUCGAGGUGAUAAUCGUCGUGGGGAAGAUAAUCGAGUCAGCUUUGAUAAGGUUCCGAAACACAACGAGAGGCUUGAGAGAUACUACAACCAGGUCCUUGGAAUUGACGAAGAAGAAAAAAUCGAAUUCUGGGAAGCUCUUAAGCGUGAAUUACCUAAUAGUUUUCGUUUUGCGGGCUCGAAAGGACACGCACUCUCAGUUCAGAAGCGUCUAAAGCAGCACUAUGUUCCUCAGAUCUCCGCCAUCACCAACUUUGAUGGCACUUCAUUUCAGCCACCACAACCUAUUCCAUGGUACCCAGACGAGCUUGCAUGGUGGAUGACAACUCCCAAAUCAGUUGUGCGCCGGUUUCCUCCCUUUGCAGCCUUUCAAAAUUAUUUAGUAUCAGAGACAAGUGUAGGAAAUAUUAGUAGGCAAGAAGUUGUCAGUAUGAUCCCACCACUGGUAAUGGAUCUUAAACCUGGUAUGACCGCCUUGGACAUGUGUGCUGCACCUGGUAGUAAAGCAACACAAUUGCUGGAAAUGAUACAUGUAGGGGAAGAAGCCCGGAUGUCAAACUCGCGCCGAGAAUAUGCCCAAGUCGAUGGGCGCGAAAUGAGUCCUGAUGCUGCGAGCAAUGGAGGCGUAGACUUAUGCAUUGACAACGACGACUAUGGUAGAGCUACCGGGCUUCUAAUUGCUAACGACUCAGAUUACAAGCGCAGCCACUUGCUGAUCCAUCAGCUUAAACGACUAUCUUCGCCCAACUUAAUUGUCACGAAUCACGAUGCUACUAUGUAUCCCUCAAUUAAACUUCCACCCACACCACAAAAUCCAUCGAAAAAUCGUUAUCUUAAAUUUGAUCGAAUUUUAGCAGAUGUUCCUUGCUCGGGAGAUGGAACUACUCGUAAGAAUGUAAACUUAUGGAGAGACUGGAAUCCAGGUAGUGCUAUAGGCCUUCACAAUACGCAGAUUCGUAUACUCGUUCGGGCUCUACAGAUGUUGAAAGUUGGGGGCCGUGUAGUCUAUUCUACAUGUAGCAUGAACCCAAUGGAAAAUGAGGCAGUUAUAGCUUCGGCUAUUACACGAUUUGGGGGACUAACCAAAGUUAAACUCUUGUCAUGUGACGACCAACUCCCUCUUUUAAAGCGGAGACCAGGCUUGAAGAAUUGGUGUAUUAUGGAUAAAGCUGGGAAAGUGUGGUCAUCAUGGGAAGAAUUGCAAAAUCAUAUAGAAGAGCAUGGCCCUACACCUGAAACCGAAAAACUUUUACCUGGGAUGUUUUCUCCACCUAGUGAUACGCCAGAAGCUCAAAUUCCUUUCGAAAAUUGUAUGAGGGUUUAUGCCCAUCUGCAAGAUACAGGCGGGUUUUUUAUCGCGGUUCUAGAAAAACAGUCCGAGUCCAAAACUAUACCCGAGGCAGAAAAAUCUACGCAUAGAUCACCAGACCGAUUUGAUAGUGAUGUUUCAGAAGCCAAACCAACGGCAAAAGAUAUUGAUGAUCCUGUCCCAAUAAAUUUUAUUCAAAAUCUUGAUCAAGCCGGUGUUAAUACCAAAGACAUUACGGAAGAUAAGAUAUCAAUUAAUAGCUAUGAAUUUAAUUUAAUGGAAGACUUCUCAGCUCCUCAACGUGCUUCUUCUCCUGGAGUUAAUAACAAACGCUCAAUUGAUAAAUCAAACGUUGAUGCGAGCUCUAUACUUCUCCAAAAAAAAUCAAAAAUAAUGGGAGAGAUUCCAUCUACUAAUGAAGAAAAUUCUGAUCAACACAAAAUAUCAACCAACAACCAGAGACAAGCCGAAACUAACUUUGAACAACGGCCGAACCGCAACAGAUAUGGUGCAGUUGAGGAACCAUUCAAGUACCUACCGGCCGAUCAUACAGAAGUUCAAGUCAUAGAAUCUUUCUAUGGAUUAUCGUCGCAUUUUCCUCGUGAUAGGUUUAUGGUGCGGAAUAGUACAGGACAACCUGCUAAGACUAUAUAUUACACCACAAAAUUGAUUCGCGAUAUUCUAACGGAAAACGAAGGCCAAGGAAUCAAAUUCAUUCACGGGGGUGUUAAAAUGUUCAUGAAGCAAGAUGUUCAAGGUCCAGAUGUAUGUAAAUGGCGAAUUCAGUCGGAGGGUAUGCCUAUCCUCCAUGGAUAUGUUGGCGAGGAACGAAUUAUACGCCUAAGAAACAAGGAGACCCUGAGAAAAUUGUUAAUUGAAAUGUUUCCCAAGGUGGCUGACGGGGCAUGGACAGAGCUCGGCGAAAUUGGGGAGCAAGUCAAAGACGCUGGUAUGGGUUGCUUUGUCCUCCGUAUCAAUUUGAAUUCCCCAGAAGACGGGACAGAAGAGAAAAUGGUACUUCCUCUAUGGCGGAGUGCAGCAUCACUCAACCUCAUGUUGGCUAAAGAAGAUCGCGCUGCUAUGCUAUUACGAAUCUUCAAUGACACGACACCUUUGGUCAACCACUCAAAAGAGGCUAGGGCAGCAGCAGUUGAACGAGCUCUUACAACAAACUUGGUUAAUGAGCCUGUAGAUAAACUAACAAACAUAGAUUCAAAUUCAGAGGAAUCACUAACUGAGAAUAAACAGGUAAAAAUAGAAGAAUCGUUUGAAGAACCCUUUACAUCUAGAUAUGAUGCUCUCAUAGUCGCAGAAGCAUGGAGUGGUGGCAAAAGUAAUGAUGAAGACGUUGGUAAAACAAAUAUUACUCUAACUCCCGAAAAGUCUGUGUAG